CACCGUACUUUGAGCCAAUAACAUUUCGCAAAAAACAGUAUAAAACCCGAAAAUGUCAGUCACGUUAUUCUGCCUUGUCAAAGGAAAUACGACCGCGAACGCUUUCGAAGUUGAUAUUGAGAAGGACAAGUCUAUUAGCAAACUCAAGGACGCCAUAAAGGCGAAAAAAGCACCAGAGUUCGACAAUUUUCCUGCGGACAAGCUCAGGCUAUGGAAAGUGGAAAUUGGUGGCGAUCACCUUGACGAUCAGUUGAAGAAUCUCAAACUCAAUGGCAAUGACGAGUUGUCUGCAAUAAACGAAAUUGGAGAGUACUGGACCGAGACGCCGCCUAAGAAACAUAUUCAUGUCUUAGUCGAACCACCCGUGUCAACCGUCACUUCAAGUCGCGAACAGGAAUUACUUGACCAAGUCGCUUCGUUGCAGGCAUUACUCAACAAGUCCGUGCAUGCGUUCGAUGUCGUCGUGAGUCCGAAGCGAACGAAGAGCUUCAAGUGGACAGUGAAUAUCGAACACGCGACUCUCGAAGGACUAAAAGAACAUAUACGUGGAGUUCACAAGACACCGGCCCUCGACAAUGAUGGAGCGGAACUUAGCAUGUUAAACGACAGUGGGAAAUUCUCUCCUCGAAACGAUCAGGGUCUUCGUGAGAUGCUUAACGUAUUCGUGUCGAAGAACAAUCUCAAGUUCACCGUGUUCAUUGAGACGCCAUCAAAACCAUUUUCAGAUUGGUCAUUCCCGAAGGUGUGCCAGCUUUAUGGUCUUGGCGAGUCAGACGAUCCCUCGUUAUCAGUGUUCCCGCCUUUCACUUGCGAGUAUAAAGAACUGGAAGAGGAUUCUUCCAAGGCAAUACUCAAACAUCUUACUGCGGAGCUGAAUGCUCGUCUCAAGGCUAUUCCAAUCAGCGGGAAUGAAGCAUCGAAAUCACAAUAUGUCUGCUCCUAUCUUGUCGCCGGGGUAAAUCUGUACGAGAGGAAGUUCGAGCUUCGACCAGAAAAAAACAUCACAGGACCCAAUGGACACGGACCGGUUGAUUUCGCAAUAGACUUGCUCCAAACUGCGAAAACUGUCGGUGUGACAGAGGUAAAGGACGAAGAUUUUUUUAAGGGUAUUGCUCAGAAUGCCGUUCAACUCGA